AGAGAAAGUAGAGUGAGAGAAGGUGGAGGAAGUUUAAUCUUAAGAGAGAGAAAGCAGAGAGAGAGAGAGAGACAGGAUAACAAAUGGAGAGCGACACCUGCAAUAAUCAUGGACCUCCUCCCUGCAAUCAUGGCGGGACAGCCCCACACUCCAUCUUCUAUUAAACCUCUCACGCAAAACGCCCUUAUAGAAUAUCAACAGAUGACUACAACAAGAGAGAGAGAGAGAGAGGGGGCGGGCUUUCUAGAGAACGUUUUACUUGUGGAUCAGUCGCUGUUAUAGGGGGGCUCGAAAAGGGCAGUCUCUAAUGGUGGGGAAAGGAAGAGGGUCCAUCAUUGAAGGUGCGCAUUAACACCGACAAAUUCGCAGUGACCCAGCUGUUACAAAGCUCCCCUUUUAUCAAAACUGGAAAAACCAGAAACCAAAAAGAAAAAGAAACGCCUCCUUUCCUUCGGUUUCGAGCAAGUGGUAUCAUUUUUCUCCUUCUUUUUUGCCUUUUUUAAGAGAGCUAAAAUGGUGGAGGGGUUUUGACUGGUUCACUGUAUAAUUAAGGCUUUUCUCAGAGGUGGGUUUUGUUUCUUUCUCUGUUUUGGGGGGGAUUUAGCGGUGGUUUCGGCCACAUUUUGAGAAAGAAUUUUGGAUAUAUUUGGAGGUGGUUUUAGUGGGGUUUCAUUUUUGGGGGUGUACAGCGUAUAAUCCGGCUUGCAAUUACGCGCUUUUGAUUCUGUACAUUCUUUUUAUGGGUACGUCUCUUUUAUUCGUUUAUUUCUAUUUCUUCAAAUUUAGGUCACUUUGUAAAAUUUCAGAUGGUUUUCUGAUCUGGGUUGGACUUUGGUGUUGAAAUUGAUCAGAAAUGUUGAUGUGAAACUGUUUCUGAUUUUCCUUAUAGUUGUUUGUUUUCUGUUGGGGAGAGAGAAAAAGAGAAUUCUCUUUAUUGUAAGAGCAUUGUAGAGAGAGAAUAGGAAGAGACCAUGGGCCCACUUCGGAUUAGUCGGCGACUGAAGCUUAUUUUGUGAGGAAAUGGGGGAGAAGUGGUACCAAAAUCUGGUUUCGUCUUGCCUUUGGUUGCAAAUUGUGGCUUAAGUUUGUUUGAUUGUAAUUUCUGGCUUGAAUUGAGAGGACAAAGGAUUUGGGCUUUCCUAUGAGAACUGUUUGCUGCAUGGUAUCCGCAAAAAUCGAGUUUGGAGCAGUGUUUUGAGCUUGAGUAGUGAGAGAAAUUUAUAGGAUUAUACUUCAAAAUUGGGCUUUUCUUGGUUGAGAUAAGGAGAGGCAGUGACCUUGGAUAUAGAAAUUAAUCUGGUCUUCUCUGUGUCGAAGUGGAGGAAGGACCAUGUGAAAAUUUAGAGAAUUGAACUUGGAAUCUGGCUUGAAUUUGUUUACGGGUUGGUCACUAUCUUCUUUUGUUCCUUCAUCGGACUUGUUCUACCCAUCUUUUGGUAUCUGGUUCUUAGCUUUUAGGCAUGAGCUGUUUUCCUUGCAUCAGUCCUCGCCGCAAGGAUGCGAACAAGAUAGAAGACAGUGCAGUUUUCAAAUCAAACAAUCGUCUUUCCUUGGAAUCUUCAGUUUCCAGCAAGGGGAGGGCCUCUUUAGAUAGGAAUAGUCGGGAUCGGGACUCCAAUGAUGAGAGAUUGAAGAAUUCGAAGAAUGAUGGAUCAAGAAUUGGGCGUGUUGCAACUAAGAGCGCGGCUCAAAGUUUCACCUUUCGAGAUCUCGCAACUGCCACUAGAAAUUUUAGACCUGCUAACCUAAUCGGAGAAGGGGGGUUUGGCAAGGUUUUCAAAGGACGCUUGGAGAGCUCCGGCCAGGUUGUAGCCAUUAAACAGCUCAAUCGAGAUGGAUGUCAGGGUAACCGAGAAUUUAUAGUGGAGGUUCUUAUGUUGAGUCUUUUGCACCAUCCCAACCUUGUCAACUUGAUUGGAUUCUGUGCUGAUGGGGAUCAACGACUCCUGGUUUAUGAGUUCAUGCCAAUGGGAAAUUUGGGUGAUCAUCUAUUUGAUUUGCCUCCUGGGAAAGAUCCACUGCAGUGGAAUACGAGGAUGAAGAUUGCAAUGGGUGCAGCUCGAGGUCUCGAGUACUUACAUGACAAAGCCAAUCCACCUGUUAUUUAUCGAGAUUUAAAAUCCGCAAAUAUACUCUUGGACAAUGAUUUUGACCCCAAGCUCUCUGAUUUUGGGCUUGCAAAGCUGGGGCCUGUUGGAGACAAUACCCAUGUUUCAACAAGGGUGAUGGGUACAUAUGGAUAUUGUGCUCCAGAAUAUGCCAUGACUGGGCAUGUGACUCUGAAGUCUGAUGUUUACAGUUUUGGUGUAGUUUUGUUGGAGCUGAUCACUGGAAGGAAAGUUUUAGACUGUUCCAGGCCUGUAGGGGAACAGAAUCUAGUGGCUUGGUCACGCCCUCUGUUCAAGGAUCGAAGGAAGUUUGUUCAGAUGGCUGACCCCCUUUUACAAGGGCAAUUUCCUAUGCGUGGGCUCCACCAUGCCAUUGCCAUCUGUGCCAUGUGCCUUCAGGAACAGGCUAGCACUCGCCCCCUUAUCAGUGACAUUGUUACUGCCCUUGAAUACUUGGCAUCGCAACCCUUUGCCCCUGAGAUGAACGGCCCAAGACGUUCUCCUCACCGCCCUAUUGAUGAUGAAACCCGAGUGAUGGAAAUCAAGAAGAGCCCAUCAUCUUCCUAAGUCGGUCCAAGGCAAAUACUUGCUAAUAAGUUCUGAUUUGGAAGAAGAAAAUGGGGUUUUGUAUUGAAGAAAACAGUGUGGGGAGAGGACUUAAAAUGAAUGAUUUAACACAGGCUAUUGCUUCUACAUAAAACAGAGAGUAUAUGGAGGGUGGUACAGUGUUUGGGAACAUUUGGAAUGAGGAUUUUCAGCAUUGGAGGAAAAGAGCAACAUUCCCAAAUCCAACAGAAGUGCAAAAUUGAGGUCUCUGAGUUCAGAUUGUUCCAUAGUUUUCAGAUGUGAAAAAAGAAAAGGAAACAGAGGAAGGAUUCAGGCUUUGUCUUGGUAUGGGACUUGUUUGUAGUGUAUUAUGUAUAUUUAAGCAAGGUUUAAAUUGUCCUGUAAUGGAGUUUUGGCUUACUAAAUUAUUAUUCUAUAGUUUCUGGUGUCAA